GAAAACAAAACAAUAGAGAAUGUUAAUGUAAUUAUUCAAUCGUCCAUUUGAUCUGAGACCAUCAAGCAGCAAAUAAAAAAAGUUCAGAGAGAGAGAGAGGAAAAGAUAAAGUGAAAGACAGAAGAAUAACAAAAAUAAAAACAAUUUAAAGCAAAGAUACAAGAAUCUUUAAGGAGUCAUCGUCUUCGUUCGUUUGUCCUCUCCUUCGUUCGAAAAUGAAUUGGAUUUCUUUUUUCAUUUGCAUUUUUUUGACAUUCUCACAGAUUACAUGUUCCGGAUUAUUUGAAUUAAGAUUGAAGUCUUUUCGCAACGAUAAUGGUUUGAAUAGUUUGGGUCGUUGUUGCAGUGAGAAACAGUCAUUGAAUGGUUCAUGUGUAGGCAGUUGUAGAACGCGCUUCCGAAUUUGCUUAAAGCAAUAUCAAGCUGAGAUUGAUACAACGUCAUCAUGUACCUUUGGUGCUGCAGCUACACAAAUCCUAGGUGAUAAUACGUUCAAUCUAACGGCAACAAAAGACCAACAACAAAAGGGACCGUCAGUAAACCCAAUUCGAUUUCCAUUCGAAUUUACAUGGCCAGGACCAUUCACUCUAAUCGUUGAAGCUUACCAUGACACAAAUGAAAGCAUAUCGACAACAGCUACAACGGAAUCUUUGAUAUCGCGCUUUUCGAUACAAGGUGAACUUGGAGUAUCAGCUAAUUGGACGCAAUAUUUAAGCAGACAUCUACUGAAAGAGAUUGAGUUUGAAUAUCGUGUGACGUGUGCCGCUAACUAUUAUGGAUCUGGAUGUGGAACGCUUUGUCGCGAGCGUGACGAUAAUUUCGGGCACAUCGCUUGCUCAGCCAGUGGUCAAAAAAUAUGUCUUUCCGGUUGGCAAGGCGAAUACUGCACGGAACCUCGCUGUUCAGUUGGCUGCAACUUGAAGAAUGGACAUUGCCAUAAGCCCAACGAAUGCAUAUGCAAAAGCGGAUACAGGGGACCGAAUUGUGACGAGUGUGAAGUGUAUCCAGGAUGUGUGCAUGGAACCUGUACGACAAAAUGGGAAUGUCUUUGUAAAGAAGGCUGGGGUGGGUUGUUCUGCAAUCAAGAUCUCAAUUUUUGUACGAAUCACAAACCUUGUCACAACGGCGGUACUUGCUCAAACACCGGCCAAGGUUCCUACACGUGCAAAUGUCCACCUGGCUUUCUUGGAACCGACUGCGAAAUUAAAGUUAAGAAUUGUUCCAUAAAUCCUUGUCUGAACAACGGCACAUGUUCUGAUGAUACCAACGACUUUCAUAAUGACUACACUUGUCAAUGUCGAUACGGUUGGAUUGGAAAGCACUGUGAGACGCAAACCGUGACGUGCGCAAGCAAACCGUGUCUUCACGGUGGCAGUUGUCGUGAUUCUAGUCAAGGCUUUAAGUGUGAUUGUGGAGCUGGAUAUGGUGGAAGAAAUUGCGAGCUUCAAGUCCAAAAUUGUAGUCCAAAUCCAUGCUUAAAUGGCGGCAAAUGUUCAUCGAUUCGAGGCAAUCAGUAUCAAUGUCAUUGCGCUAAAGGCUUUGAAGGAUCAAAUUGCGAAGAAAAUAUCGAUGAUUGUCAUGGAAGUCCAUGUAAGAACGGUGGCUCAUGCAUUGAUGGCAUUAAUCAAUAUCAAUGCAAAUGUACAGCCGGCUAUACGGGCGGUAUUUGCGAGAAGCGUGUUGACUUCUGUUUAGCAAAGCCAUGUGCAAAUGGUGGCAGUUGCUUGAACAUGAAAAAUGGAUUUGAAUGUUUGUGUCGAAGUGGUUUUACUGGUAUUGAUUGCAGUGUUGAUAUUGAUGAGUGUCAGUCAGCACCUUGCAAGAAUGGCGCAACUUGCUUCAAUCGUGUCAACAGCUAUGAAUGUCAUUGCACUGAUGGCUUCCAAGGUGUUAAUUGUGAUGAGCAGACGAAUCGUUUACUUCAAGCAUCGACUUCAAGUUAUCAAGAAGCUCAGAUUAGAAGUCGUAAUGACAACUUGAGCAGCAGUCAAAUUGCACUCAUCGCUGUUCUAUCAGUUGCUGUUCCAUUCAUCGCUAUUUGUGGUAUUGCAGUUGCCAUUUGCAUGAAAAGAAAACGAAAGCGUGAACAAGAAAAGGACGAUGCAGCAGCUCGUAAACAAAAUGAACAGAAUGCAUCUUGCAUCACUCACUUACAUCAACAUCAUCACAAUUCAAUUGUCGCUGUGAAGCGAUCAUCAAACAGCGCCAUGGCUUUAGAUAACUCAACGCAUCAUAUGAUUAAGAAUACUUGGGAUAAAAGCGUUAAUAACAUGAUGACAAACUCCAUCACUAUGGACGAUGGCUGCAUGUUGAACACCAGCAUGUAUGGCACUAUGACGAAUUUCAGUGAUAAUACAUCAGUAUCGGGUGCCAACACAAGUCAGGUUUUACUCGGAGCUGAUGCAUAUCAAUCAUCGUUAGUUGUUCCUGAAAGCCUUCAGAGGGCUAAAAGUCAAAAGCAGCUGAACACAGAUCCAGCUGUUGUGAAUCGUGCAUCGUUAAUUAUGCAACGACAUCCUAAAGAGUUAGCGCUUGAUAAGAGAAUAUCAGUGCUUGCUGAAGCCUCAUCAUGGAGUGGGAACAACCACGCUAACACUAGUCGGUUAUUGGACAGAUGUAGUCCGCCACAUAUUUAACAACUCUUUUUUUCACUCAAAUAAACGUCGGAUCGCACGUCUCGUAUCUCUCCCAAGUAGUCGUUCAAAAGCGAAAAUUUUAAUUUCUUUUUUAUAAAUUUAUAAGCUAACCAGAUGAGAUGUGUCACGACGUAAAAUGAUUCCAUACAAAAGCCGGAAUGACUGUUCUAAACUUUUACUAAGUGAAUCGGACAGUUCUGAUUGCAAAAAGGCAUCUGGUUAGCUUGAUUAAUAGAUUUUUAAAAGAACAAAUGUUGAAGAAAACGUGACUUUAAAUUCAUCUUCUUAUUUCAAUUUUUUUUGUGACUAUGAUUAAACGACGAUCUCAAAGUAAGAACGAAAAAAAAGAGCACCAAAUAAUGCUAAAGAAAAAGAAGAAAAAAUAAGAAGAAGAAGAAGACAAAAGAUUGAAGCAAACAACGCCGAUUAAGAAAGGGAGAAGAACAAAAAGAUCACUUAAGCAGCCAGUAAAUUCUGAUUUUAUUAUUGAAAUACAAAAAAAAAGAAAAGAAAGAUACGCUUUACCCUGGGAUUCUUUAAAAGUUUCAAUUUAUGAUUUUAACUUAUGACACUUUUCUGAUAUAUUCAUUUGAUUCGUGUUCAUUUCGAUUUCGUGAAUCGAAGAACUUUCGGCCUUCGAAAAAGCAAUUGAACAUCAAUUUCAGAAGUAAAGGAAUCUCGAAAUGAAAAGAAAGAAAUAUUCUCAUAAAAAUCUAUUUUUAUUAUUAAUCUAAUUUUGGAAUUUCUUGAAAAAAAAGAAAAAAGAGAUACAGGCGAUGUAUAAGUGGAAGGAAACAAGCGAGAAGACAGAACGAUGCUGUAAUAUAUGUAUAUAGUUAUAUGUAUUUACACAUAUUUCAAUAUUUCUUCUCUUGAGAAUGUUGAAUUGAAAUUAGAACGAACGUUUUUCUCUUUUUAUACAUAUCAUUUGAUUUAAUUAAUUUGAUGAAGAGAGAUGAAGACUGAAAAAGAUGCCUUCGAUGAGCCAUCAAACUUUUUCAUCUCUUCAUCUACACGCGUUUCUCAUGAUAUGUAUAUCGAUUGAAAUCAACAACAACAAAAACAACAUCAUAAUCAUCAACAGCAAAAGAAAAGUUUCCGAAAACCGAAUCAUGAUUUCACCUAGCUGUAAAUAGUAUUUAUGAAAUCUGAUUUCCGAAAUGUUGCGGAGGCUUUUGUUAAGGUACCAACAUGAAGAAAACGCACGAAGAGAACGAGUGAAACUAGGUAGUGAAAUAGUAAGGUUGGGGCCUUAACAAUUGAAGUAUAGUGAUUCAUAGAAUAAUUAUAGAGGGAUCAAGAUAAUUUAGUGGGGGCUGAGCUCUUUACAGUUCAUAUAUUCAAAAUAUUUGUUUCUUAAACAUCAUGAAAUUGAGCUUCACAGUCGCUCGCUCGUUUGCUUGCUUUCUUAUACAAAAAAAUCUCUGAAUUUUCUUAUGAUCCCAUGGAAACCCCAAUUUUUAAACAAUCCCGAAAAGACUUUUUUAUAUUUUUGUUUUCUUCUUCAUAAGAUAAACAUACAAUUAAUUAAUCUAAUUGUAGCUAAAAAUGUGUAUUUUUUUCAUAAGUUAAGUUAUGCAUACAUGAGAUGAAACAUGAAACAUAAAUAUAUAUGUAUGUACAUAUAUGUAAGCAUGAAAGAAGGAACUUCUUCAAAUUCUCCUUUUUUAAAGUGUUAGACAAAUAGGAAUUAUUAAAUCAUGUAAUUAAAUAUUAUGCUUGCAUUCGAUUUUAUA